AGGAAUCAAAUUGGAGUGGCCUUAUGGUCACAUCAUGUCACACUUCUCUAAGGAUGAACUUUCUUUUGUUAAAGAGCUUCCAGAGCAUGUAGACAUAGAGUGCCCAGUUUGUCUCAAUAUCCUCACAGAUCCUCAUCAGGUCAGCUGUUGUGGUCGUAAUUUCUGUGGAUAUUGUAUAGAGAGGAUAAAGGCUAGCAAUGGAGCCUGUCCCAUUUGCAAACAAGUAGAAUAUCGAUUCUUCCCUGAUAAGAAAUGUCUCCGCAUCAUUAAUGGGUUACAAGUCCACUGUACUAAUAAAAGCAAAGGCUGUGAAUGGAGAGUGGAGUUAAGGAGUUUGUCUAUUCACCUUAAUCAUGGGAAGAGAGAAGGAGAGUGUCUAUAUGAAGAGGUACAGUGUCAACAUGUAUUGUGUUCGAAAAAAGAAGGCAGGUGUUAUCUUAAAAACCACGAGCAGAACGAAUGCCCUCAGCGACCCUAUCAAUGCCAGUUCUGUAAAGUAGAAGGAGCUUAUUUUUUUAUUACUGAGGAUCACUCUACAAAUUGCUCGUCCUAUCCUGUCCCCUGCCCUAACACAUGUACAUCUUCACACAUGUCUCGUCAGCGUCUUAAUUCUCAUAUCGCUGUUCAUUGUCCAUUACAGCCGGUAAAUUGUGCAUUUAGUUGGGCUGGAUGCAAUGAGAAACCACUACGUAAAGAUAUGGAGGCUCACACUUCUGAUGCUAAACACAUGACGCUAUUAGCUGUAGCUUGUGGACAGUUGAAGAAUGAAAAUGAGGAAGUGCUGAAAGAGAUCAAUGAAGUUAAAGCGGAAAAUGAGAAAAUAAAAGAGGAAAAUAGAGUUCUAAGAGAAAAAAUCACGAAUGAUAAUAAAGAAAUGAAGGAGGAAUUGAGUAGAAGGGACACUCAGAUACUCAGUAUUUUUAAUAUUGCUACUAAUAGCUCCAAAUGGCUGCUACCGAUUGACAUUACAAUUACGAGUGGCGUAGUUCAUUUUUACACUAGUAAAUGUGGGCACCAUAUGUCAGCUAGCCUUGUCAAGAAAGAUGACUUGCCCACUAGUAUUUACACGUUAUUUCUUGCCUUUCAUGAAGGAAUAUUCGAUAGUCUAAAACCAAAAGUCCUCCAGAUAUUUGGAAAGUAUAAAGAUCGAGCUAUACUAUUGAUAGAAGACACGGAGAAAAUCUACGAUAAAAUGCCUUACGAAGUUCUUGAUGAAGUGAACAAUAAUGAUACUGUCCCAACUGGAGUGAUUAAAAGGGAACUGGGUGAAUCAUUAUUCAUUUUUACUGAGGAUGUUCAUUUAUUUGUAAAAUAAGUAGCUAUCAAAUUUUGCAUAUUAAUAUAAUUUUUAUUAAUGAUUUUCAAUGUAUAAUAAUUAUUAUAAAGUAACAAGAAUAGCGAUAUUUUUAA